GCCGAGCGCCUGCCCCGGAGCCAGGGACUUCCGGGCUCCUCGCGGCCGCCGCCGCUUCCUUCCUUGCCCGGCCCGGCCCGGCCUCGCCCCGCCCCGCCCCGGGAGGCGGGGCCGCGUUUCCGCGCGGGCGGCCCGGCCAGGCCCCGCCAUGGCGGCGGAGGGGAAGGAUCCGCUCGGCUACUUCGCGGCCUACGGCAGCGGCAGCAGCAGCUCGGACUCGUCGGACUCGGAGUCGGCCGGGCCCGCGGGCGCGCCGGGGCCGGGCGGCGAGGGGCCGGGGCCGGGCGGCGGGAGCCCGGGGCGGAGGCCGCGCCUGCCGCCGCCCGACGAGCUGUUCCGGAAGGUGUCGCAGCCGCCCGCCUUCCUCAGCAACCCGCUGCAGCGCCACAUCGACUGGGACCGCCGCGUGCUGCGCGCGCCCGAGGAGCCGCCUAAGGAGUUCAAGGUGUGGAAGACCAACGCGGUGCCCCCACCCGAGACCUACAGCAUCACCGAAAAGAAGGCGCCUCCCCCUCCUGAGCUGGAUAUGGCAAUAAAGUGGUCUAAUAUUUAUGAGGACAAUGGUGACGAUGCUCCACAGCAGACCAAUAAAGUGAAAUUCUUACCAGAAGAGGAACAAGAGCCGGUAGGAUCAGAUGAUGAAAAGGAUGAACCAGCUUCUGCUAAAAAACGCAAACUAGACACGGGGGAGCAGACAAAAAAGAGGAAGUAGUAAACGGGACUUAACUGCAUUUGGCCCUAAUGAAAAUUUCUGUGAACUUUGAUGCCACUACUGGAAUGGGAGACACAUGUUCUUUCACUCAAUUUCUAUCACCUGCUGUUUAAGGAAUUUUUAUUUCUGUAAAAUGUUUGUCAUUUGAAAAGCACAAAGAGUUAAUGGAUCAGUGUUGUGAUAGAAACUUGCAUCCUCUGAACGAAAAUUAAGUCCAUUUAUUUAAAACAGAGUUUCUUAAGGUAUUGUGAUGAAUACUUGUGCUCGUGCAAGGUAGGGCUUUGCAGUAUUCUAUUUAUCAAGAAACAUGCUGACUUUUGGUGUAAAUUUUUCUCGACUGAUCUUCCAUUGUGUUAAAACCUUUUAUAAAGGAACGUAUCUUUAAAAUGUUUUAAGUAAUGUAUUGUGAUACAUAUUUGAACUAUGCUGUUUUAAAAUGUAUGUAAAGAGUAUAUAUAGAUGAGUGAAAUAAAACUACAUUUGAAAA